AUGUGUGGGUUACGCACUCUCGAUUUAAGUCGUACUUAUAUUCCGUGCUUGCCAAAUUCCAUAUCGGACUUGGAGAAACUUAAUGCAUUAUUGCUCGGAGGUUGUCCUGAUCUGGUAAGUCACGGUAGUAACCUUUUCGAGAAGGUAUUGAGACAUUUGGACCUCGCAGGUACUAUUAUUGAAGAAAUACCCCAAGGUAUGGAAAGCUUAACCAACCUCAGACGCCUAUCUUUGUUGUGUGGAAGAUUAAAGAUGAUACCGACGGGAACUUUGCAUAGACUCACACGUCUUCAGCAACUGGAGUUGCCAUUUCAUUUAGAAGUACCAAUAGAAGAAGUUGAGGCAUUGAAACAGUUGGAACUACUUCAUUGCAGGUUAAAUAGCGUACGUGAUCUCAAUCAGUUAAUCAACUCACGACAAAGGGACAAGCAAUUCCUUUUCUACGAUAUUACAAUACAUUGUCCAGAAAUCCACCCACUCUAUUCCUAUUUACCUGUCUCAUGUAAACGUUUACGUUUUAGCAGAGAGAGUCUCAUGGAAUCCUCUCUGGACACGGAUGAGAAUAUGCUGCCACGAGAUGUUGAGUUUUUAUACUUUGGAGGCAGUGGCUUGAGGGGUUGCUUAUUAGAUGAAUUUCCAAUUCCGAAUUCUGUUAGAGCAUGCGAAAUAUGUGAGGAGGAUAAAAUAGAGUGCAUUAUGAGGUUAGAGGAAGAAUUUAGUCGGGUCCCAUUCCAAAGCCUUGAAAAGUUGCAACUGGACCACUUGCCAAAUUUAAUUGGUCUCUUCAAGUGGGAAGCAGUUGUACAUCUUCCACCUGGCACAUUUUCCUGUCUCAAAGAGUUGCGUAUUAAAGGUUGUGGUAAAAUCAAGAAGCUUUUCCCUCAGAGUUUGGUACGCAAUUUCCAUAACCUCCGAUCCUUGACUGUAAAUGACUGUAUACAAAUGGAGGAGAUAAUAGAAGAUGACAACAAUGAAGGAGCUGAUAUCACAUUGCCAAUGUUAAAAGAAUUGACUCUAGAUGAUCUGCCACAACUAAAGAGCAUCUGCAAAGGAAAGAUGAUUUUGAUCUCUAAGUCUGUUGUUCACAGAUUCGUUUCUGGGAUUAGGGAUCCUUCGAUAGCUAAGUCGAGAGUGGAAGAAAGCCAUUUCUAA